AAUGUGAUACUCAUUGUUUUUUCCCACUAAUCUAAACUCAACUUGAUUUCCACACCUAAACAAUCCAGAGUUUAUGUAUGUAGACUUUUAAAUUCUUUUUCUCUGAUUGGGUGUUGAAGACUUUCUUUUUAUAAUAUAAAAUUUUUGGCUCCAUUCCAAAUUAACCACCCAACCCUUCUACAAAUCUUCAUAUCCAUUCACAAAUUUUUCUGUGAUAUUUUAUAUAUAAAUUAUUAUUGUAUUAUUUACGGAACCCAGUUUUGGAAACUCUGUUUAGACAAGUUUUAGUGCUUCAAAAAGAAUGAUGAGGUUGGUGCGUUUGUUUACCUUGGUUCUCUUGUUCUUGUGUCCUGGUGUCGUCCUUUGCCAAAGGCCUGGUUCUGUGAAUAUUGGAGCAAUUUUCUCCUUCAAUUCAGUGAUUGGCAGAGUUGCAAAGCCGGCUAUAGAAGCUGCUGUCUCAGAUAUUAAUGCCGACCCAAGAUUACUCAACGGUACUAAACUCAACUUGAUUAUAGAGGACGCAAACUGUAGUGCCUUUCUGGGAUCCAUUGAAGCAUUUCAGGUACUUGAGCAAGAGGUUUUGGCUAUAAUAGGUCCACAAUCUUCUGCAAUAGCUCAUAUACUUUCUGAAAUUGCCAAUGGUCUCCAAGUGCCUCUUGUAUCUUACGGUGCAACUGAUCCCACUCUAUCUGCUCUCCAAUUCCCUUACUUCUUCCGAACGACUCAUAGCGAUGCCUUACAAAUGGAUGCCAUGGCUAGUCUUAUAGAUUUUUAUGGAUGGAAACAAGUCAUAACUAUAUAUGUGGAUAAUGAGUAUGGCAGGAAUGGUAUUUCAGCAUUAGAGGAUGAGCUUGAAAAGAGGAGCUUGAGAAUUGCUUAUAAACUGCCUCUUUCUACCAACUUUAACUCGAGCCAUGUCGCUGAAAUGCUCAACGCUUCCAAGCUAUUUGGUACUCGUGUCUAUGUUGUUCAUGUUGAUUCUGACCCCUCUUUGAAAAUCUUCACAGUUGCCAAGAAACUUCAAAUGAUGACAAGCAACUAUGUGUGGUUUGCAACAGAUUGGCUGUCUUCUACCAUUGAUUCUUUCUCUCCAAGGGCUCGAAAUUCGCUCAAGUCUGUGCAAGGUGUAGUUUCUCUUCGCCAACACACUUUAGACUCCAGGAAAAAGCAGGCCUUUUUGUCUAGAUGGAAAGAUUUAAAGCAAACAGGUUUAUCAAGCUCUGAGAUGAAUGUCUAUGGUCUUUAUGCUUAUGAUACAGUUUGGGCAGUUGCAUAUGCUGUUGAUAGAUUCUUAAAUGAGACUGGAAAUAUGUCAUUCUCUCUCAAUGAUAAGUUACUUAGUGUUAAUUCAACUGAUCUUCUGCUGAGCAAGCUUAGAGUAUUUGAUGGUGGCUCCAAUCUUCGUUUGAAAUUAUUGGAGACAAAUUUCACUGGUUUAACUGGUCAUGUUAGAUUUAAUUUAGACAGCAGGAAUAUCAUUAGUAGCGGUUAUGAAGUCAUUAACAUUGACAAUAUGAAGAUUAAUAGACUUGGUUUUUGGUCUGAAGUCACUGGAUUUUCAGUUUCUCCACCAGAAACCCUGAAAGCAAAUCAGAAUGGAUCUUCAAUUUUGGAUCAAAAGCUUGACAAUGCUACUUGGCCUGGUGGAGGCACAGAAACACCACGUGGUUGGGUGAUUGCGGUUAAUGAAAGACCUUUGAGAAUUGUAGUGCCAAACAGAACAAGUUUUAAGGAUUUUGUUACAGUAUACCAUCCUCAUGAUAUCAGGGGAUACUGUAUUGAUGUGUUCCUUGAAGCGCGAAAAUUGAUCCCUUAUGAUGUUCCUUAUACAUUUGAGCCUUUUGGAGAUGGUCAUUCCAAUCCCAAAUACGAUCAGCUUUCAAAACUGGUUGCAGAUGGUGUAUUUGAUGCUGCUGUUGGGGACAUUGCAAUUGUCAAGAACCGGACAGCGAUGGUAGAUUUCUCUCAGCCUUAUGCUAGUACUGGUCUUGUGAUAGUGGCACCUAUAAGCCGUCCACAGUCAAAUGCUUGGGUGUUUCUCAAGCCAUUUUCCUGGGAGUUGUGGUGUGUCACAAUAGCUUCUUUUCUGAUGAUUGCAAUCGUUAUUUGGACUCUUGAACAUCGAGUCAACGAUGAUUUUCGUGGUCCUCCUGGAAGGCAACUUGUAACAAUGUUUCUUUUUAGCUUCUCAACAUUGUUCAAGAGAAACCAAGAAGAUACUGUGAGCCCACUUGGGCGGAUGGUGAUGGUGGUAUGGCUUUUCCUCUUGAUGGUGGUUACAUCAAGCUACACAGCAAGCUUAACUUCAAUCCUUACAAUACAACAGCUUCCUUCUUCGAUCACUGGAAUUGAUAGCUUGUUGGCAACCGAAUCGCCUAUUGGUUACCAAGUAGGCUCAUUUGUGUAUAACUAUCUGACUGAGAUUCUUUUCAUACCAAGGAAAAGACUUAUUUCACUACGGUCUCCAGAAGAGUACGAAAGGGCACUGAGGCUGGGACCAAGUGCUGGAGGUGUGGUGGCCAUCAUAGAUGAGCUGCCUUAUGUUGAAUUGUUUCUAUCAGACCAAACUGAUUUUGGAAUAGUUGGACAGCCAUUCACCCGGGGUGGAUGGGGAUUUGCUUUUCAAAGAGACUCUCCUCUGGCUGUGGACAUGUCAACUGCAAUCUUGAAACUUUCUGAGACUGGAAAACUCCAGGAGAUUCACAAGCAUUGGUUUUGUAAGAUAGGGUGUCCUGGUGAUAAUGAACAAGACAAUGAGCCUAACCAGCUUCAUUUGAUCAGCUUCUGGGGUCUAUAUCUACUAUGUGGAGCCUUUUGUCUUGCUGCCCUUGUAAUAUUUCUUCUCAGAAUGAUUUACCAAUUCGUCCGGUACAAACGCCAUGAGAAUCAGAAUGUUGCCUCUCUUCCACAUUCUCCUACAAGAGCAUCAUCAGGUCACUGUUCUGGUGUCAUUUCUAGCUUUGUUGACUUUGUUGAUGAGAGGGAAGAAUCUAUCAAGAACAUGUUUUCUCAGGCUAGUAGACCUCAUCAAGAAUCAAUUUCAGAGAACACUAGAUCAAUAAAAAUGUAAAUAACGAUAUAGUAGUGCUAAGGAUUUAGUUUUUUUAAUUUAUUUUCUUUUUAUACGGUGAUUUGUUUGUAACACAAGCAAAACGUUUUGUAGAUCAUGUAGUAACAGUAGUGCUCUGUUACACUUUCCCCUGUACAGAUAUAUAUCCCUCUUUUUGAAUGAUGACAUGAAUGUCAUAUACACAUAUAUAGGCAUAAUAAUAUUAAUAUAUCUCGGUUCUGACA